UUCGGCUUCCGUGGCCAGCCCUGGGGUCCCGCUGGCUUUGCCCUGCGGGUGCUGAAGAUCCCUGGUGGCCGCCUGGCUCCUGAGCGCCAGGAAAUGGAACUGUUGACAUUCAGGGAUGUGGCCAUUGAUUUCUCUCAAGAGGAAUGGGAAUGCCUGGAGCCUGCUCAGAGGAAUUUAUACAGAGAUGUGAUGCUAGAGACCUAUAGAAACCUGGUCUUCCUGGGCAUGACUUCUCAUCAUACCCAGGAAAUUUUACCAGAACCCAUCAGGGAACAUUUAUUUAAAAAAGCGAUAAAGAGAAGAUAUGGAAAUUGUGACCUUGACUAUUUACAACAAAAGAAAAUACAGAACAGUGUAGAUAACAGUGAAGGUCAGAAAUCAUAUUAUGAAGGACAAGACCAAUUAAUAGUGACUGUCCUUAAUACCAUCAAUAGUCCUCAAGAACAUUUAAUAGCUCAGAAGAGUAUUCAAUUUAUAACUGAAGGACAAGUUUCUCAAAGUGUUGAUUUUGAAAAUUUCUUUACAAACUGUCCAUUAUUCUGCAGUGAACAAAGAAUUCCUUCUUGGGCCCAAACAUACACUUUUAAUGAUGGUGGAAAGGCCCCUAUAUACUCCAUACUUCUUAACCAAAAUUCAGAUUUAGAUUUCAGCAAAGUGUGCAACACAUGUAAUGAAACAAGCAACACUUUCAGCCAGGUCUCUACACUAAGCAAUUACCAGUGUCCUUAUGUUGGAGAAAAAAAGUAUGAAUGUAGCAAAACACAGAAGAACUCUAGCUUUGGUUGCAAUAAAGGAGAACAUCAGUGUGGCCAUUGUGCACAGAACCUUUACAGAGAUGACAAAUGUGGGAAAAUCCUUCUUCAGUGCUCAAAGCACCAUGGGAGUACUCAGAGCCAAGAGGCACCUUGCAAAUGUGAGGAAUGUGAGAGAGCUUCUCACUCAACUGCAAGCCUUCCUCAAUACAGUGGAGCUCAUCCUGGAAAGGAGCCCCCCAAAUUUAAGGGAUGUAUUCAAGCAGGGAGUUCCACACCACUUUCUAAACAUCACAGGUACCAUAGUGAUCAACACUACAAAUGUGAAGAAUGUGGCAAAUCCUUUAAUAAUUGCUCAACCAUUUCUAAACACCUGAGAUGGCAUAGCAGUGAGAAACCCUACAAAUGUCAAGAAUGUGAAAAAAAAUUUAAGAAUUUUUCAACUCUUACUCAACAACAAAGGAUUCAUAUGGGAGAAAAGCCCCACAUAUGUGAAGAAUGUGGCAAAGGUUUUACUAAAAGAAGACAACUUACUCAACACCAGAGAAUUCAUAGUGGAGAGAAGCCCUAUAAAUGUGAAAUUUGUGGCAAAGCUUUUAAUAAAAGAUCACAUGUUACUCAACACCAGAGUACUCAUACUGGAGAGAAACCCUACAAAUGUGAAGAAUGUGGGAAAGGAUUUACUCAAAGAGCAUAUUUUACUCUACACUACAGUAUUCAUACUGGAGAGAAGCCCUACAAAUGUAAAGAAUGUGGGAAAGGAUAUACUCAAAGAGCAGGCCUUACUCAACACCAAAGAAUUCAUAGUGGAGAGAAGCCCUACAAAUGUGAAGAAUGUGGGAAAGGAUUUACUCAAAGACCAAGCCUUAUUCGACACCAGAGUAUUCAUACUGUAGAGAAGCCCUACAAAUGUCAUAAAUGUGGGAAAGAAUUUACUCAAAGAGUACAUCUUACUCUACACCACAGUAUUCAUACUGGAGAGAAGCCCUACAAAUGUAAGGAAUGUAGCAAAGCUUUUAGGUGUAAUUCAUUGCUUACACGACACCAGAUAAUUCAUACUGGAGAGAAGCCCUACAAAUGUAAAGAAUGUGGGAGAGGAUAUACUCAAAGAGCACACCUUACUCAACAUCAGAGAAUUCAUACCGGAGAGAAACCCUACAAAUGUGAAGAAUGUGGGAAAGGAUUUACUCAAAGACCAAGCCUGACUCUACACCAGAGUACUCAUAUGGUAGAGAAGCCCUAUAAAUGUGAAGAAUGUGGGAAAGGAUUUAUUCAAAGAGCCAACCUCACUCUACACCAGCGUAUUCAUACUAUAGAGAAGCCCUACAAAUGUAAGGAAUGUGGCAAAGCUUUUAGGUGUAAUUCAUUGCUUUCUCGACACCAGAAAAUCCAUACUGGAGAGAAGCCCUAUAAAUGUAAAGAAUGUGGGAAGGGUUUUAUUCAAAGUUCACACCUUACUCAACACCAGAAAAUUCACACUGGAGAGAAGCCUUACAAAUGUGAAGAAUGUGGGAAAGGAUUUAUUCGAAGAGCAGAUGUUACUCGACACCAGAGUAUUCAUACUGUAGUGAAGCCCUACAAAUGUAAUAAAUGUGGGAAAGCUUUUAGGUAUAAAUCAAGCCUUACCCAGCACCAGAGAAUUCAUAAUGCAGAGAUUCAAUGUUAAGAAUGUGGGAAAGGUUUUAAUCAAAGAGUAUGGCUUAUUCUUCACCAGACUAAUCAUAACAGGGAGAGGUAAUGCAAAUGUAAAAACUGUUGCACACCUUUUAGCAAUUGCUCAGGCUUAUCACUGGAGAAUUCAUAGUGUAUAGAAACCCUAACAAUGUAAAUACUGUGCCCAAGUCUUUACUCAAAUUUCAAAUUUUCCUUAACAUCAGAAACCUGAUACCUAUAGGGGAUGUGGAAAGACAUUUGCCUGAAAUAUAUGCCUUAAAAAUAGCAAAAUAUCAACAGUGAAGAAAACACCUUAAGGAAUAUAAAAAAAUAUAGCAAAGCUCUUAUCUGUACCUUGAUUCUUGAUGUAUGUGAGAGGGAAAUGAGGAAUUGCCUUUAACUUUUGCUUAAAAUUUGUUAAGCAUCCUUACCUGCUGGGGUAGAAAUAAAGAAAUUCUCACAAGUAUCAUAAAAUAGUGUAGAACUCUUGUCUCUGGAAGGAGGUAAAUUUAUUGUAAAUCAAAGAUUUCUCAAUAUUUUCACUUUUGAAAACUGGAGGAAACAAUUGUAACUUAGAUUCAUUUAUCAGAAGAUGACUUGUUCCUGAGAGUUGUCAAUCUAUAAUUUCAACU